AUGUUCCGGCUACUCUUUAUCCUCAUCAGCACCAGUAUCACUGGCGCCGCCGAAACCUGCGUCGCCAACAACUUCGUCGCCGGCGCCGCCGGCCUCAGCGCCUCGUUUCUCGGCGCAUUUACGCCUUCCGAGUGCGCCAAGCUGCGAGAGGCCUCGCGCUCCGCCGCCACAAACGCCACCGCCGACGUCCGCUCAAAUCCGAACUCCGACGCGCCGUGGGUCUCGCGAACGUAUGUCGUGGGAGACGGCUUCCGGUCGGAUGGACCGAGCGGCGCUCUCGAGCUUCCGGCCUGGGCGAAGCAGCGCCUGCUCUCGCUGGCGCUCACCGCCGAUCGCAGCUUGUGGAGACUCUCCCGCGCGGAGAGCGACGGCCUCGAGGCGCCGAUCGUGUCCACAUACGUUUCGCCUGCCGACCAUUUUGGCUGGCACGUCGACCAGUCGGUCGAGCAGGCGGCGGCCGACGCUUCGGCGGGCCGUGCCGGGAGGCUGCUCGCCAUCGCUCUGCAGCUCUCUUCUCCGGGUGAGUACGAGGGCGGCGAGCUGGAGGUUGGUGCGAGCGUGGCGCCGCGCGGGGUCGGCGACCUCGUCGUCUUCCCGGCGGCGACAGGUGCGCGUGUCGCACUCAUCGCGUGGCUUCGCGGCGGCGGCGGCGGCGCCGACACCGCCCUUGAGCUCCACCGACGAGUGCUCGGCGCGUGGACUGGGACCGGCGAGGCGGCGGGCGCGCUGUCGGGCGACGCGGUCUCCUCGCCGCCAGCUGCGGUGCUCAGCCUGCUCGCCGCGCAGCUCGAGCAGGCGGGGAGGCACGCCGAGGCGCUGCCGCUGCUGCAGAGGGCGGCGGCGCAGCAGCCUGACGACGCGGCGGCGCGGAACCGUAGAGGGGGAGGGCAGAGUCCGUGUGUUCCGACUAGCACACGAGGGGACAUGUGCAUGUGCUCAACUAUUCUCAGCCGUAUUCGGUGUAUUCGUAGCCCUCGUAUUCGCGCGGUGCUCCGAAUACACUGA